AUGUCGACUACGAAGAACCAGAGUUCAGGAUGGUUGAGUGCGCUCGCCAAGCCUUUCGCGGAUCCUGGGCGUCGAUUGCUGCUCAAGAUAGACGUAUGUCUGCUGGCAUGGGCAUUCGUCGCAGGAUUGACCAAGGAUAUGGACCAAUCAGCGACGACCCAGGCUUACGUCUCCGGAAUGAAGGAGGCUCUCAGCCUGAAUGGUAAUGAGCUUGUUGAGUUCACUACAUACUUCUCUAUUGGCUAUGCUCUCGGCAUCGUGCCUGCCCAAGUCAUACAGACAAUGUGGCGGCCCUCCAUCUUCCUGCCUGUCUGCGAGAUAAUCUGGGGAGCUCUCACCUUGGUGACUUACAGGUCAAAAAACGCGCAAACAGUUUACGCCAUUCGAUUCUUCCUUGGUAUAUUUGAGUCGACAUCAUGGCCUGGUCUCGUCGCUCUGAUUUUCAACUGGUAUACGCCAAAAGAGCUUGCGACUCGUCUCGCCAUUUUUGGCGUCAGCGGCGUGGUUGGCAACAUGUUCCUCGGUAUCCUUCAAGCAGCCUUGUACAAGAAUCUGAAUGGCGUCAAUGGGCUUGAGGGAUGGCAGUGGCUCUUUAUUGUGUCAGGCUGCAUCACCAUGUUCUGGGGUUUCCUUGGUCUCUUCACCAUACCAGAUUCCCCCGCCAUUACCCGCGCCCUGUGGCUUACGCCCGAGGAACGCGAGCUCUCCCGGGCGCGCAUGGCUGAUCACGGCACGGAGACGGCCAAGAUGAUCAAUCGUAAAACGCUGGCAAUCAAGCUUCGCAAGAUGGUCACCAAUCCCGUCUGCUGGAUUUUCAUCCUUGCAUAUCUCCCCUACGCGUGGAGUCAGCGCGCAAACUCAUACUUCCUCCUUUACCUCAAGGGCCUAACACACGCCGACGGCACGCCGCUCUUCAGCACUUACAAAGUCAAUCUCAUCCCACUCGGUGGCUACGGGCUUUCCGUCGUCAGCUCAAUCGGACUCAACGCCAUCAGCGACUGGAAAGGCUGGCGCUGGCAAGUCUCUAUCUUCGCCGUCGCCAUCCAAACCCUCUCCUGCGCCAUCCUCUCCGCCUGGCCCGCCUCGACGCCGACGAUCCUGACCUUCUACUUCCUGACCUUCACGACGGCCGCCUGGGGCUACUCGCUGGUGGCCUGGCUGGCCGAGAUCCUGCGCCGCGAGCCCGAGGCCCGCAGCGUCGCCGUCGGCGUCGCCGUCACCCUCGUCUACGUCGGCCACGCCACCAUCCCGCUGCGCGCCUGGCGCACGAGCGACAGCCCCCGCUACCCGCUCGGCUUCCCGCUCGCCACUGCUUUCGCUGUCGUCAGCGGUUUGCUUAUUCUUGUGCUGAGGUGGCAUGUUGGGAGGAAUGCGAGCUUGGUUGAAGAGGAGGGCUUCGAGGGGGGGAGUAGUAGUGAGAGAGAUGAGGAGGAUGGGGUUGGUGCGGGGAAGAAGGGCGAGGAGGGUGUCGUGGUGGAGGUUGCGGUGGAGGAGGGGACCGAGGCGAGGAAGGCAGGGCACUAA